GUAUAAAUAGAAUCCGCCAUAAAGCUAAGAGGCUAAUAAUAUAACAAACCCAAUUGGUGGGUGAUGAGUAAUGCAAGUCGGAAAAAACAGACACAUGAUUAUGUCUGUUUCAUCUACGCAUCAGAAUCAGCUGGCCAUGUACAUAUAUUGGAGAUUCUGAGAUUUUAUACUAGAACACCACACUAUAUAUUAGAGACCAUGGCUCCAAGAAAUGCAAUGGAGGCAGAAGAACAGCCAUCUAGAGGAACAACAGAGAUCUUGGAUUCAGUUGAACCCAUCAAACAACCAACCGUUCGGAUCGUCUGGAGAAACGUCAUUCUGAUGGCUCUUUUACACUUCGGAGCGAUUUAUGCUCUGACGCUAAUCCCUAAAUCACAUCCACUGACAUGGCUAUGGUCCCUUGUGUACUACCUGUUUGCAGCCCUGGGGAUCACCGCCGGAGCGCACCGGCUGUGGGCACACAAGUCGUACAAAGCCCGGGCCCCACUGCGCUGUCUGUUGGCGCUCAUGAAUGCUGCAGCAUUUCAGAAUGACAUUUUUGAUUGGUCACGUGAUCAUAGAGUCCACCAUAAAUACUCGGAAACAGAUGCAGAUCCACACAACGCCAAGAGGGGGUUCUUUUUUGCACAUGUCGGGUGGCUGCUGGUCAAAAAACACCCGGAUGUAAGGGAAAAAGGGAAAGGCUUGGAUUUCUCAGAUCUAUAUGCGGACAAAAUCGUCAUGUUACAAAGAAGGUUCUACCUUCCUCUGAUGGUGACGUUUUGUUUUGUGAUACCAACGGUCGUUCCCUGUGUCUUCUGGGGAGAAUCGCUUUGGAACGCCUACUUUAUCGCCGCCAUAUUACGCUAUUGCGUCGGACUAAAUGCCACGUGGUCGGUGAACAGUUUUGCCCAUUUAUGGGGCAUGAAACCUUAUGACAAAAGGAUUAACCCGGCUGAGAACAUAAGUGUGGUGCUGAGCGCGGUGGGUGAGGGGUUCCAUAACUUUCACCACACUUUCCCUAGUGACUACGCUACCAGCGAGUAUGGCUGGCACCUCAAUAUCACGACUGUGUUUAUUAACUGUAUGUACUAUCUAGGACAGGCCUACGACAUGAAAAAGACCCCGGACAGGGUGGUACAGAUGAGGAAACAGCGCACAGGGGACGGAAGCUUGUAAACAUUCCGCGAAUUUCUCUGAAUAAUAUUUAUUGCCAAACAUUGUUUCCUGUUCAAUAUUUUGCUUAACUUUUUCAAAGUGAUAGAAAAUGGAUUGAAUUAGUAUUAAUAUAGAAAAUCAAUGCAAAAGAGACGUAUCUUGUUGUCUGACUGUGAUAGCAGUCACAGUUAAUAGGUGCUUGGUGUAUUGUUAUUAAAGUUUUCAAUAAAUAAAUCUUGUUUUUGAUAUUUCA